CAAGGUUUGAAAUGGAAUUGCAUUGGAAACUUUAAAACUGGAGGCUACGAUGACAUUACAUUCAGCAUUCAGUGUUUCUACUAUUUUUUUCUUGGUGAUAACUGACUCAAAUCUGCUGACUUUUCGCCACACUUGGCACAGUCAGUAUGGAAACGCAGUGGUCAGUGGGCAUCUAUGGCUUUAUUUAAUUACAUUAUCAUGACUGAUAUGUUGAUUGUUAGUACAAUAGUUCACUGGUUAGGGCAUUUGCUUCUGAGUUCUGGGAUGCAGGUUUCGAACUUUGGUUCUGUGAAGUUUGCAUGUUCUCCCCGUGCUUGUGUGAGUUUUCUCCAGGUAGGCAGGCUUCUGCUCACAUUUCCAAAACAUGCGUGCUUGGUUCAUUGUACACUCUUAAACUCUUGAUAGGUGUGAAUGUGUGUGUGGAUGGUUGUUUGUGUGUUAUAUUCUUCGCAUUUAGUGAUGGAUGUUGGCUAGAAAAAUUGGAGUGCUGGGUCUUUUCACUUAUGUUGGGCAGCGACGUAGCUUUAGGAUGUGUGGGUGGUUUCCAAAUUAUCACUCAAUAAAUAAAAAUGACUGAAAAUAAAAUAAUGUCAUUAACCAAGCUGCUUAUCCUCACAAGGGUUGCGGGAAAGCUGGAGCCUAUCCCAGCUAGCUUCGAGCGAAAUGCAGACUACACCCUGAACUGGUCGCCAUUCAGUCACAGGGCAUAUAGACACCAUCACUGAGCGGGAAUUGAUCCCACCCUGCCUGUGCCAAAGGCAGGCAUGUGUACCACUACACCAUCAGCGACUCCAAACAAUAAUAUCUUGAAAAGUAUAUGAAUACACACUUAAAUUAGUAUCGCGCAUUCACGGUAUUGAAAACAUAUGUCCCAAAAACCAUAUACAAUAAUACUGUAAUGCCAUUGAAUGUGGUCAAGGAUGAUGGCCACUGAUGCCUUUCAGUAGCUUUAUCGGCCAUUCAAGAGCUGCUGUUAGCCACUACUCACGUCAAGGAUUUCCUCACACAGACUCUCCAAGUUCCCUCCAAAUGGAGCUAAGUAGAGUUUACUUAGAAAAAUUUAUGGAACUCAGAGUGGUACCUCAGAUAAACCAAUCACAAUUAUUGCUCACCUUUAUAAUGUAGCUUGUUAAGUAUACCGGCUGUAAAUCUAGAUACAUAGAGUACACUUAUUCUACCACUUAUUUUACGCAAUUUAUUAAGCAUAUUGUCAAGCGUGGAUCAGUAGAAUGUACUUAUUAUACACUAAUUUAGCAGCGUUAAUUACUUAUCACUGAAAAGUAUUUUAAAUAAAUACUUUGUAGUAUUUCACGGUAACGUGUGAAGUAAAUAACUGUAGAAUCUACUGCAGGGGUGUCAAACUCAAAUUUACUGUGGGCCAAAAUUUUAAAUAGAUCAAAGCCGCGGGCCAAAGGUUGAACAAAUGAACCUUUUAAUAUGGAACCAAACAAGUUUUGAUCUAACAAUGAAUAUUGAAAAAUCAAGACUUGUAUAACUUAAAAGUACAGGGGUGCAAAAUUGAGUUGCUAAUAAUACUACUAAUAAUAACAGUAGUAAUAAUAAUAAUAAUAAAAAACACAUCAAUCACAUAUUAAAUACAAUUUAAAUAAAAAUUGAAUCCCUCCUUUCUGUUUGCAGCCUUCUGAGAUAAAUGUCAAAAUUAGCUUCUUACACAGGCUAAUAAAUUUAAAAAUAAAAAAAUAUGACUAAAUCAACCAUUCAGGCCUUAAUUUGAAAUUGCCUCACGGGCCAAAUAUAAUUACACUGUGGUCCAAAUUUGGCUCACGGGCCAGAGUUUGACACCUAUGUUCUACGGGAAUGAAAUCAGGUGUCGGCAAUUGAUGCUACUCUUUCAAAAUUGGCUUAAACGAGAUUUUUGGCGGGCCUGUGUAUGGGUGGGGCCGGGGUCCAAUGUACCUUCAUUAUUUAAGAUCCAAUUACAAAAAGAUGAGCAAUGGAAAAAGUACAAUUUACCCAUGUCUUAAAAGGAAUAUUGAUAAAUUAGUAAGCAAAAUGGGUUGGUUUGAUUAAAAAACAUUGAUUGGACAUAAAACACAAUUUAAAAGAGAAUGCAAAUGUAAAAGUUCACUUCAAACAGAAUGAACAAAAUAGCUACAUUUAAAUUAUAUGUACUCAUCUUUUUGGGUUCAUUACAAAUCUUGGUUUAGUGUUGAGCCAAUAUUGUCGCAUCAAUAUCCCCUUCCUUUUUCUUCUGAAAUAUUCCUUCCUUUGUUUGCAUUUUCAUAUUUUGGUCAUGUCACAACCGCCAAUCGACAGGGCCAGACUCUGCGCUCAAAUAUUUCAAUACAAUAUAGUAUUCUAGUAAUUAUUGUAUUAACCUUUAUUCACUUAAAUUUGCUGGAUUUAAGAGAUUAAAACACUGAACAUGGAGAAGGGUGCACGGGUGAAGGCGCAGAUUACUUGCUGUGUCCCAGGCGCUACGCCAACCACUGACUCGGCAGCAUAGUAUACGAGUGUACGACACUGCGGCACUGAGCUGAAGCGAGUGAGGGAGGGAUGAAGAGAGGGUGACAGAGAGAGGGAGAGAGAGAGAGAGAAAGAGAAAGAGAGGGAGCACCUCCUCCAGACAGCAGUGAGACCUUCUGUAUACUCCCCUCCCCGGACAUGUGGUGCAUCUAGCAGUAGCAUCGGCGGCUGGGGAAGCGAGAGCACAGUCUGCCCGUCACUAGGGCUCCUUCAAAAUACAGCAGCUCUGUGUUUUUUAGACUUUUUUUUUUUUAUAUUAUAUAUGUAUAUCAUAUUUGACGUCAUUUUGUGAUGAGCUUGCUGGGUGCAUAUAAAAAAAAGAGCAAUUACGAUGGCUAUGAGUCUUUGCAGUUGGUCGAUAGCAGCAGAGAUAGCUACAAGACCGGCGGAGGAGGCGGAGGCAGCAGAAUCGGAGGCCCGGUAGCAGCUCUCCACGGACCCAAAGCCGGCUCGGGGAGAGAGGAAAACUACAGCACCAUGGACAGCUCAGAUAUGGAUGCCAACUACGGUGGGGGCCUGUUGGAUAUGGUGAAGGGCGGAGCUGGAAAGUUCUUCAGUAACUUCAAAGACAAUCUCAAGGACACACUAAAAGACACAUCCACCAAGGUCAUGCAUCAAGUUGCCACGUACACUAAAGGAGAGCUGGACAUUGCCUACAUCACUUCACGAAUCAUAGUGAUGACCUACCCAGCCGAGUCUGUUCAGAUUGGGUCCCAGAACCAUGUGGAGGACAUCCGAUCGUUCCUUGACAGUCGCCACGCUGACCACUAUACUGUCUUCAACCUGUCACAGCGCAGCUACCGUGGAGCCAAAUUUUCCAACAGGGUUUCCGAGUGUAAUUGGCCUGCUCGCCAGGCUCCCAGCCUCCACAACCUCUUCGCUGUGUGUAAGAACAUGCACAACUGGCUCAAACAGAAUCCCAGGAAUGUGUGUGUCAUCACCUGCUCGGAUGGGCGUGGACCUUCAGGUGUCUUGGUUUGUGCCAUGUUUUGCUUCUGCCACCUCUUCAACAAUCCCGUUCCUGCCAUGCAACUCCUCAGCGCCAAGAGACCAGGCUCGGGCCUUUGGCCUUCGCACCGCAGGUACAUCGGAUAUGUCUGCAGCAUGGUGUCAGAGAAGCCCAGUCUACCCCACACAAAGCCCCUGACCAUCAAGGCUCUCACCAUGAGUCCGGUUCCCUGCUUCAACAAGCAACGGAGCGGCUGUCGGCCUUUCUGUGACGUCCUCAUUGGAGAGACCAAAAUCUUCACCACGUCACAGGAGUAUGAGAGAAUGAGAGAGCACAGAGUUCAAGAGGGGAAAGUUGUUUUUCCUCUGGGUGCCAGCGUACAAGGAGACGUCGUAAUUUCUGUCUAUCACAUGAGGUCCACCAUCGGAGGACGUCUGCAAGCCAAGGUGUCCAACACGCAAAUUUUCCAGAUCCAGUUUCACACUGGCUUCAUUUCUCCCGGAACCACUACAUUAAAAUUUAACAAACCGGAGCUGGAUGCCUGCGACUCUCCAGACAAGUACCCCCAGCUGUUCCACGUGAUGGUGGAUGUAGAGGUGGAGGGGUUGGAUAAGCAGAAAGACCUCACGCCGCCUUGGGAGCAGUUCCCAUCGAAAGACCUGAGUCCCAAUGUGCUUUUCACUUGCCACCAGGAACAUCAGGACGCACUCGCCAUUGCUGAGCCGAGCAGGCCGACUGGAGGCCCCGACGUCCGAGGCCACGGCGAGGAGAGUGAGCCCUCUGACGACGAGAUGCUCUCUCUCUCUAGCCAGCGAAGCAGCACCAGCACAGCCCCCUACAAACGGGAUCAGCCUUCUCCGACGCCCGUGGCGCCCGACCCGUCUGGGGAAGUAGAUCUUCUCGGCCUGGAUGAAGACGAGAUCAAGCGACCGCCUGCCGUGUCCCUGCCUCCAUCUACUGCCGCUGCAGGAACGGACCUCCUGGGCGACUUGUUUGGGGCUCCACCCCAGCCCGCCAGCGGGCCAUCAUCCACCCACUCCACUCCACAUAAAACAAUAACAAGCUCUGCAUCGCCAUGUCCUUCGCCUUGCCCACCAGUGUUUGACCCGUUUGGAGCCAGUCCCAAGCAGAAGCCUCAGGAGAUGAUGGGUUCCUUCCUCGGACCAGGUAACACGAGGCAUCUUGAUCACUUCUUGCAUGGCGCUCGCUCUCCAUCCCCCACACUUCAGCCUACAAGCUUCGGUCGGAGUUCCCCUGUCCCGCACGCUACCCCAACUGUCAACAUUCAGCAGCAAAACAUCAUGGGAGGCUGGGAAUGGAACAGGACGGCCACCACAAGCUCAGGAGGAGGCUUGGGAAUGGGCAGUCGAUCAGCCACCACCAGCCCCACGGGAUCCGUCAACAGCACACCCACCCACCAAAGCAAGCCAAACACCCUGGACCCCUUUGCUGACAUAGGUAACCUCGGAGGAGGUUCUGGAUUCUCCAGCAAGCCCACCACGCCAACAGGAACAACCCCUUCCUUCCCUUCCAUGGGCUCCCCGUCGCGGCCUCCUCCGUCUCCCCAGCAUGCAGGAGGGUGGCAGCCCCACUCGGGAGCCAGCUUCCCGUCUUGGCAGCCUAACACUGGCGGCGGAGGCUGGCAACCACAAGCACAAGGACCGUCCCCGCAGCCGAAGCCGAGCCCCAGUCAUACCUCCGUGCCGCACACGUCUCCUCAGAACCGACCCAACUACAAUGUUAGUUUCUCUGCAGUUAGGGGUGGAUCACCCGGUGCUGGCGGCAAAGCACAGACAGCGAUGGGCUCUAAGCCCAAGGCUUCCAAUGCCAACUUUGAUGACCUCCUGUCCGGUCAAGGCUUUGCAGGGGCCAAAGAGAAGAAAGGACCCAGGACCAUAGCAGAAAUGAGGAAAGAAGAAAUGGCCAAAGAAAUGGACCCAGAGAAAAUAAAGAUUCUAGAAUGGAUUGAGGGCAAGGAGCGCAACAUCCGAGCCCUGCUGUCCACGAUGCAUACCGUGUUGUGGGAAGGAGAAACACGCUGGAAACCAGUUGGAAUGGCGGACCUGGUGACUCCAGAGCAGGUCAAAAAGGUUUACCGCAAAGCCGUCCUGGUCGUCCACCCGGAUAAGGCUACAGGGCAACCCUACGAACAAUACGCCAAGAUGAUUUUCAUGGAACUAAACGACGCCUGGUCCGAAUUUGAAAGCCAAGGACAAAAACCUCUCUACUGAAAAUGGAGUGCAAGGGAAACGGGAUGAGAGGAUCUCGGGCUUGUAACAAAGAAAAAAAAAAACAAGGAGCAAGAUUCAUAAAGCCAUCCCGGCUUUCCACCCAAUGGAUUUAAGAGAUUCUCUUUCAAAUACAGAACCCAGACUCCCCGGCUCCUCAGAAGAGCAGCUGUACUGUUAAGCCUCCUACUGUAUGUCCUUUUGUGCAACUUUCCACUCUUUCCGCUCUUUGCUCUGAACUAACUCGGCAAUCAAAGCAGACGCAGCGGAUUGUUUGUGGGGGAACAUUUACAUUGAAGACAUCAAACUAGAAUUGACUCAGAAGAUAAGAGGAAAAACACAUCAGUGAGUGGACAGUGAACAGGUGAGAGAUCGCGCAAGUGCGUGUGUGUGUACCCUUCUUAGGUGGUUUUGGAGGAACACUUUUAAGUAUAAUUGUACAGAAAUUAAUAAUAUAACAUUAGAAUAAAAAUUGUCAAGAAAGUCUCGAAUACUCCACCUGAAACACGCUGAUAUCAUUUUUUGCCAGUUGAAGUCAAGCCUUGUCUGUAAUUUAGGAUUAGUACAUGGACUGUUGGAAACACGAAGCACCUUGAAGUCUCAUGCAUUGUCACACUCCAACUAAUUGUUAAUUAAUAAUUAGCCAAUUUUCAGCGGUAGCUAUCAAGGGGUCUGUACGAAGCACAAGUGUACAUCCGCAGCUCUGAAGGAAGCCAAUUGUUAUUUAUCUUUCCCGUUUUGUUCAUCAUCAUGGCUGCUCACCGGGGCGCCUUCAUUCCAAAGUUUUAAAUAAAUUGCGCUCGUUUUUUGCUCCUGUAUUUCAUGAAAGAUGUAAAUGUUUGAGCCCGUAUCUCGGCAAUAGAAAGUCAAACUGGAAGUGAGUGGUCGGACACAAAUGUAAUUCUGUCUGUACUUCAGUACAGACAUCACGCGAUUUAAUGCAUCAAAAUGUUUUUUUUUUUUUUUUUUUUUUUGGCAAUGGUUUAUGGUCUUGACAAUUAGAAAUAAUUCACUAAACCAGUACGUGAUGAUCCUUUAUUUAAUGUAUCCAUAAGUCAGCCGGUACUGUAACAACGUAUUGAAAUGUAUUACUUGAUGCCAUAAGUUUACUUUUGUAUAACAAUUUCUAUCACUGCACUGACACUUUUCUUUUAAUAAUGCUUAUGGAUUUUGUGAGGAACGGCAUUGCGUAAUAUCAAAGAAAAGUUCUGUACACCAUCUGAUUUUAAUGUGUAAAAAUUGUCCUUACUUUAUACUGACUUGUAAUGCUCAUCAUGGUCUUUGAGGAACAUUUACAGUACAUGCAAAAAGAUGAUGUCGUCAUUUUUCUGUCAUUAGGUGGAAUUGUUUGUUUUCAGGACUCUCAACUACAUUUUGGAUAGUGAGUGAAAACUGCUGCGAGGAUAAAGAUGCUUUAACCGAUGUCUGGGAUCCAAAAUGAUUCGAAUCCUGUUGCCGGUGGGAACAGAGACACUGGAAAACAGGCGUGAAAGUGCAGGCACAGAAAUUCAACUGUACGUGAAAUAACUCAGUCUCAUAAGCUCCCCUGCUGACAGAAUUAUCUAUGUACAUUCUUACGAGUCGGCAAAAAACUAUAACAUCUAUGUUGUACUCAGUGGAUGUGUGUUGUUUAAAAUGUGGUACGUAUGGAAGUGAUUUGGACUAUUUUAUGUUAUGUGUUUGCCUGUCUGCUGUUGAAGCAUUACUAAACUGAGUAAAGUACUAUUUUAAGUGUUUAUUUUAUUUUUUCUUGUACUGUCACACAAUCGACCAAUAAACCUGAUAUUAAUUAAAUUAAUAGUAAAGUGAAGAAGGUGGAAGACAGCUACUCAGCAGGCCUAAAAUAUGCUUAUGCAAAUGUACAAUCUUUUACCAUGAAAAUAUAAUACAUAAACAUUUGUCAUUGUUUCAAAGGUGCACAAAAAUAGUUUGUU